AUGCCGAUGGGAAGAACUUUAGUGCUCUCACUAGCCUUCAUGACCCUAUGGAUCGGAUUAGCAGUUGCAGAUUGGAACAUUUUGAAUCAAAGAAAGAGGAAUGUGUUUGGCGCAAGCUUGAAGAAUUAUUGUGAGAGUUGGAGAAUUAAUGUUGAGUUAAACAACAUUAAAGAGUUUGAUGUUGUCCCCCAGGAAUGUAUUGAGUACAUUGGAAAAUACAUGACUUCAACCCAGUACAAGGCGGACAUAGAGAGGGCCAUUGAAGAAUCUUCACUGUAUCUGAGUAGCUGCUGUUCUUUAAACGGUAAUGGUAAAGAUUCAUGGAUCUUUGAUGUUGAUGACACUCUCUUAUCAACUGUGCCCUAUUUCAAGAGACACAACUUUGGGGGAGAGAAGCUGAAUAUUACCUCUUUGGAAGGAUGGAUGAGAGAAGCUAAAGCACCAGCACUUGAGCAUACACUGAGACUCUUCGACGAGAUCAAAAGCAGAGGGAUUAAGAUCUUUUUGAUUUCCUCAAGAAGAGAAUGUCUGAGAGAUGCCACUGUUGACAAUCUCAUCAAGGUUGGAUACCAUGGAUGGACUAGUCUCAUAUUAAGGGGUCUCACCGACGAAUAUAAACAAGUGCACAACUACAAAGCCGAGGCAAGGAAACAAUUGGUUAAUGAAGGGAACGACAUUUGGGGCAUCGUUGGAGACCAAUGGAGCAGUUUUGAUGGAUCCCCAAGUGCAAAAAGAACAUUUAAGCUUCCAAAUUCCUUGGGUCUCACCGACGAAUAUAAACAAGUGCACAACUACAAAGCCGAGGCAAGGAAACAAUUGGUUAAUGAAGGGAACGACAUUUGGGGCAUCGUUGGAGACCAAUGGAGCAGUUUUGAUGGAUCCCCAAGUGCAAAAAGAACAUUUAAGCUUCCAAAUUCCUUGUACUACGUUUCCUGA